AUGUACACACGUGCAUGUAAAGUGAUGUAUGCUUGCUCUCAACUGAACUACUGAAGUCAGGUCUUGUAUAUGCCCACUGCACCUGCCUGCGCCUAUGCGUGCAUGUGGGUUCUUGCCACUGUUACUGGCUUCUUAUAUCUAGACCAGUAGCCGCCACUUCUGCCUCUUUUUAUACCAGUCCCGGUGCUGCGGAACACACAGAGCGAGGUAUCUAGAGACAGAGAGGGCUGUGUGGAGAGAGAGAGAGAGAGAGAUCGAUGGAGAUGAGAGCGAAGAAGAGCAGCAGAAGCAGCACGAGCAACACCAGCGGCAGCACGACGACCACGGCGGUGGAGAGGAAGGAGAUCGAGAGGAGGAGGAGGCAGCAGAUGAAGAGCCUCUGCGCCAAGCUCGCCUCCCUCAUCCCGAAAGAACACUACUCCUCCAAGGAUGCUAUGACCCAGCUGGGUAGCCUAGACGAGGCAGCCACGUACAUAAAGAGACUCAAGGAGAGGGUGGAGGAGCUGCGGCACAAGAGCGCCUCUGCACGGCUCUUGGCCGCUGGCAGUGGCACGAGACGAGGCGGAGGAGGAGGAGGCGCCUCCACAUCGUCGGCAGCGACGACCACGGCGAGCGGUGGCGCAGGAUCAUCUGAAGAAGCCGGCCGGCGGGAGGACGACAUGCCGCCGGCGGUGGUAGAGGUUCGGCAGCACAAUGACGGGUCAAGCCUGGACGUGGUGCUCAUCAGCAGCGCGGCGCGACCCUUCAAGCUGCACGAGGUGGUCACCGUGCUGGAGGAAGAAGGCGCCGAGACCGUCAACGCCAACCUCUCCGUCGCCGGCACCAAAAUCUUCUACACCAUCCACUGCAAGGCCUUUUGCCCAAGAAUCGGUAUAGAUGUUUCAAGAGUUUCUGAAAGAUUAAGAGCAUUGGGAUGAUACUAGACUGAUAUACAUAUUGCUAAUUAUAUAUGACCAAGGCGCAUAUCCUUUUUUAUGCUGUCUCAUUCUUUACUGUGCGAAAAGUCUCCGAGGUCCAUUCGUUACCAAAAGUUAUAAUACAUGAUAGAAAUUUUUUUUUUUGCAAACACAACUGUAGAUUGUUACGUUGUAAGCAAGGUUGCUACAGUUUGUAGUAUAUGAAUAUUUCGAUCGAUAAAAUAGGAAUAAAACAAAAUCAACUUAACCUUUCAAAUGGAAAGGAGAGCAUGCAGAUUGCCCCCGUGUGAUGAUCAUAUGAGCGCCGGACCGCCGGUACCACCACAUGAAAACAUAUCCGGUGUAUAUGACUCUUUGGUGCAUAUAUAGUGUACAUAAACUAGCAAAGUUGACAAAAAAUUCUGAAAAAAAUUAUAUAUAUUGUUUCCAUCUUACUCCAAUUAUAUAUAAAAUUUCAAGUUUAAAUUUAUUAUAUUUUAGGUGUAAUGAAAAAAAUAGAAUUUGUGACAAGUUUAAAUUAGAAAAUUGGCUAAAUGUUCUCUUUUUUAUUACUACUAAAAUUUAAUGAAUUUGAACUUAAAAUUUUGUAUAUAAUAGGAGUAGUAGGAUGGAAAAAAUAUGUAUGAAUUUUUUUCAGAAUUUUUUUGUAAAAUUUGUUAGUUCAUGUGUACCAUAUGUGUGCCAAAGACUCUUGUGCAUAGGCUAGCUAGCUAGGUUCCCAUUUAUAAUAAAAUGUUUCUAAGCUUACAUAUAUCUACUUUGCUAUAUUGUAGUCCCUCCGUCUAAGCUUACGUAUCUACUUUCUAAGCUUAAAUAUAAACCCUAAACCCACGCUCGGCCGCUCACACAAACGGCAAAGGAACCAACUGGCCUACCGCCCAGUCCCUAAGAGCAAAUACAAUAUUUAUAUAAAUUUUAGCUCUCUAAAUCACAGAUUUAAAAAGUUGCUAAAUAGCUUUUAGAGUAAAAAAUGUGAGUUCUCCAAUAGUUCUCUAAAUAUAGGUUGUAAUUUUGUUUUGUAUUUAUCCACAUAAAAAAUAAGUCACAAAAACUAUAUAAUGCAGUCAACAUUUUUAUUUAGCGAGUUGUUAAAUGGUUGCCAAAUGUAGAGAGAAAAUAAGGUUAGAUGACAAGUUGUUAAAUUUAGAAAGUUUAUUUAGAAACUGUUGGAGAAUAAUUUUUAUGUUAACUAACUAAAUUAUUGAUUUAGAAAGUCUUUUAAAGAACUACUGGAGUUGCUCUAAAAGGGGACCGAUUACAGGUGCUUGCAUUGUAGACGUAAAACGUGCCAAAAGUAUAUAUCGCUAUUGGGCCUGCCCAUGCACUUCCUUUUUCCGUAAACAAGCAAAGGUUCAUGGGCUGAGGAGAUAUUUCUGACUACGAAGGGAAUCAUCCAUCCACGGUCCGAACCCAUCGAAUUGCCAACAUUUUUCUUAUAUCAAGAAGCUUCAAUGAUACAGAUAGAUUAUUAUAGCAAAAUGUGGUAUUUUGCUAUAGUUUUCAUUUAUAUUUGAGCAAGAUAUAAAAAAACAAAUAUAUUUGUGUUCUGUUGGCCAUGUAGGUAUGAAUAUAGGUUUGAAGCCAACAAUCAUGGUUUAAAUCUCCAUUAAUGUAUAAUUUUAGUUUUUACCAUUUAAAUUUAGAGUAGUACGAUGGAAAACCAUGAAAAUUGGUGUUUUAUAUAGUAAAUAUUAAGUAUAUUGUACUUUUUAUAUUUUUCAGAAGAUGCACACACACAUUUAUGUUUACCACUCCGACAAAGGCACAUGCUCGUAGCUAUCAUUCAAAAAUAUAU